CCGCCAUGUAUGUAGCCCAUGGCGACACGGGGCCGUGCUGGACUCCUGCUGAUAUACGCGUACUGGCAGUUUCAUCCGAGUUGGUUACCUUUCAACCGGACUAUCGAUAUGCGAAUGAGACCAUGUUCUCUACUCGAGCUAUAUUCAACGAGGUUCGCACUCGAUGGCGGAAUGAUAUGCCCGUUGGUCGGGGAUUUGUUCGAGUCCCCGACGCGGAUAAGUACGACAUCGGCAAGCCCCUACAUUUCAAGGGAGUGAAGGGAGGAGGCUACAGUAUUGCCUCGCUGCACCAAUACCACUGCCUCUACCUGAUCAUGCGCGAUUUGGGUCGCUGCCGGCUAGGAGAGGAAACGCAGAACCCUGACAUGCAGCGCCAUGUCACACAUUGCUUUGACUACCUAAGGCAAAGUCAGAAGUGCUGCGGCGACGCUGCGUUGGAAGGGGAGAGCACCACGGUCAAAGCCAUGACGGACGGCUGGGGAACCACACAUGUUUGUAAAAGCGACCAGGAACUGGUCAACUGGGUUUAUGAGAACCGAUAUAGCGACCAUACUGGAAUAGCAUAGAUGACAUCCGGUGGGGACCUAAAGGGACUCGCGAAAACGAACCCGAAAGGGAUUAUACGGUGCAAUAUUC